AGUGGAGAAAUUCAAAGGUUCGGAAUCAGAACCUGUCACUCUUUCUGCUCCGCAGGUCCGCCAUUACACAUAGUGUUACCUUUUUUAAGGUAUCUAGGGCUUCAGCUGCAGACCGAGAAGGUUGUUCGGAAGUCGAAUCUCCUAUUAAAGGCGUCAAUCUUGCAUCAGUUCUUUUGUUUUCGACGUUUACCUAAGGUCUCAUUGGAGUGGCAGUUUUUUAUUCGGGUAAUUGCGCGAUGGUUUAAAUCAUACGCUUGAUACUCGUACGCUAGGCUUUCGUCCUUUUCUUUGGUUCUGUGCCUUUUUUUUUUUAUUGUUAUGGACGACGGAGAGCUCGAUUACUCGAACCAUGAUGUCUUCUCAAGUCCUAACAUGGGUGAGCUUCCAAGCAGUUGCUCUAUGGAUAGCUUCUUCGAUGAGAUCCUAAAGGACACCCAUGCUUGUACCCAUACGCACACCUGCAAUCCACCUGGACCUGAUUAUUCCCAUACACACACUUGUUUUCAUGUCCACACCAAAAUUCUACCUGCCCCUGCUGAAGAUAAGGUAGCUACUGAUGAUACGGCAGAGUCAUCUGAGAAGAAAUCAAAGAAACGUCCCUUAGGUAAUCGUGAAGCUGUUCGAAAGUAUCGUGAGAAGAAGAAGGCACGAACUGCUUCAUUAGAAGACGAAGUUGCCCGAUUGAGGGCUCUGAAUCAGCAGUUACUGAAGAGAGUGCAGGGUCAAGUUGCAUUGGAGGCAGAGAUUGCCAGACUCAAAUGCUUGCUUGUGGACAUCAGAGGGAGGAUUGAGGGAGAGAUUGGAUCAUUCCCUUACCAAAAAUCGGCAAAGAGUGGUGAUGGGAUCCAGAACCUGCCCCAUUCGAACUUGUCUAGUGCCUAUGUCAUGAACCCAUGUGAUUUGCGGUGCGAUGAUCAGGUUUAUUGCCUACACCCUGGAAUGGAAGGCAAGGGUGGGGAUGGCAUGGGAUUGAAUGACCAAGGGUUUAAUGCUUGUGAAAUUGGAAAUGUUCAGUGUAUGGGGAAUCCUAACUUGGGAUUGAAGGAGCUUCCGGGUUGUGGAAAUGGGAGCAUAGGGGCCGGUGCAAAUUCUUCGAAUGCAAAUAAGAGAAGAGGAGGAGCUCGCACAGCCACAGGGGGUUGAAGAGCUUAUCUGAUUCUGGCUUGAGGGUACAUAUUAUCUUCUGAUUAGUAGGCUAGCGUCGCUGCACUCUCUCCUUCCCUUCGUCUCUUAAAGUUACAUUUCUAUUUAUUAUUUUGUAAUUUUGAAUCUUGAUGAUGGGGUUCUUUUUUUUUUUUUUUUUUUGGUUUUUUUAAUCCUCCUAAUCUCAUAUGUGGCUACCUAUUGUUGCUGCCCCUACUGGCUGGCUUCAAUCUAGUUUUCUUUUUGUCAUGUGAAGCUGGACGCUGGAAGUUGUAUGGGUGUAUUAUGUAAUAAUAUCUGUGGUAGGCAAUGCUAGUGAACGGAAGCUUUCUUCUGUUGCAUAAGAGGAUUGCUGUCUUUUAAAGUAUUGAAUGGUGUUAAUUAUGUGCCUUCUUGAUGGAAA